AUAAAGGAAUAAUGAUAGAGAAAAACAAUUCUUGAUCAAUUUAUGUAUAAAUAUUCAUUAUAGUAGAAUGAUAAUAGUUAAAGACUAACUAUGAAAUCAUUAUGUAUAUUGUGUUUACUUAUUUCAUUAGUAUUCUGUAUGAAUAAUGUAAUGGAAGAUUCUACACAACAGUUACAAGUUCAAAAGGAUCUUAGAAGACGAAGUCAACCAAAUCUUUACCAGUGUAUGGCAUGCGUAUCCGGUGUUAAACAAGCCAAAAAUAUAAUUUUAAGUUCAUCAACAAAGGUAUCAAUCAAUGGUAUAAUUAAAAAUGUUUGCAUGGGAACUGGUCUAUUUAAUACCUCAUGUGGAAUGUUUGCGAAUGGACUUUUGUCAAAUAUCUUUUAUACAAUCCAGAAAGUGAUACCAUAUGAUUUGUGUGCUACAUUCGAUUUUUGUUAUUACCCACCUGAGAUACCUGUUUGUGAAUAUUGCCUCAAAUCUGGACUUUCAAUCAAAUCAAUAUUAUUGUCGGAAACUUUUGUAUCCGAGUUAUAUAAUAAUACAUUAAAUAUGUGUAAUACACAAUCCAAUCAAUCACUCAUUUGUGGUCCAUUCCUACAUGAUUUGUUCUUGGCAGUAACAUUAAGCUUCAAUAAACAAUUUCUUAUACAACGCUUUUGUCAGAAUAAAAGAACUACUGUUUGAUUAUAAGUGAUCAAUAAAGUAUCCUUUUUUUAGUGAAAUCAAUAUCGUUACAGAUAUCGAAUAAUCGUUUUCACAUUUCCCAUAAUGUAGGUGACUUGAUUAUUAUAAAGUACAUUAUAAAAGUGAAUGUUAAAUCAAUAAAACUUUGAGUAAUUAAUGAAAUCGUUUAGGGGAUUUAUUGUAAAGAUUUGAAAAAUUAAUUGGUAACAAAAAGAUCCUUGAAGUAAAUAUACUAAGUUAUUCUGUACCCAGAAAUAUCUUAUCAUGGUUGAUAUUUUUAAUUCACUAGGCUUUGAAUGAGUUUACUCUUCAUCUCUGAUCUAACCAAACACAUAUAAAUAUGCAAGCAAGUAGGAAGUUCGAUGGUCAGUUAAAAUUUAAGACAUCUUCAGAGUACAACCUGUCAUAAAUAUUUAUCCAUUUGAAGGAUCAAAUCUUACAUCAGUAAAGCAAGAAUAAAAAAUUUACAGGAGUGGCAGUAAACAAGAGAAAAUAACUUCAAUUAAAGUGGAAAUGUGAACAUGAGAGCUAUAAGUUAAAAAAAAUGAAGUUCCAUUCAAAAAUGAAAAACUAAGAAUAAAUUAUUUAUCAGUAUAGAGUUGUGGAGAUUGUUGAGUUUCGAUUGAGAUUAUGAAGCGAUCAAUGUUUGACCACCAUUGAAAACGCGCAAGCACUGGAUGACUGUUUCGUUCUAGUAUGGAACUCUUCAGCGUUUGCAAGCGAGACCGAAUGUUUUGAGUCCAAUUCCUCCGUGUGCGGGGUCUUAGAUACAUUUCUGAGGAGUCUCAUAUUAACACGAAACAACCAUUUAGUGCUUCAAGGUUUUCCAAUGGUGGUUCAAAAUUAACUGAUUUGUGAUCUCAAUCAAAAAUAAUAUAAUUAAACCGAGAUUUAGUGGAAUGCUGAGAAUAAAUGUAACUGUAUACUUGAAAUCUACUUUGAUCCAUGUCACAUUCCCAACCAUAAACUAUUACACUGAUACUAUCAAGGAAAUGUGUAUUUAUAAACAUGAAUUAUACUGACAGUUCAGUUCAUAAAAUUGUACUAUCAAUGAAUGUUACACUAAACAAAUAGUUUUCACCUAAUGGAAUAAGUUAUUACGGUGUAGUGAACAAGAACAUUAGUGGGAACAAUUGAAUGCAUUUAACACUGAAUUACAGGACUUGUUAAUAAAAUCUAACAACCUAACAGUAAAUAAGUAAUUUCCAAAAUGUCCACCAAUUGUCUCAUAAUGACUCAGACUUCAUUGUUCUUGCAUUUUCAUACAAACUACAUUCUGUUUCCAUUCCAUACUGUUCGAUCCUCUAGUCUCUCUGCUUCCAGACCCUCUGUUCACGACUAGCAUCAUCUACCACUUAUGUCUAUAUAAGUAGGACACACUACAACAGUUUCUGUGAUAAAUUUUACUUUAAACAGUUAAAAUCUAUCAAAUUAUUUCGAAAUAAAGCCUGUGGAAUAUUCGAUAUAUUUAAUUAUCUCUUGGUUAUGUAAUAUCAAAUGAACGCAGUACAACCAAUUAUUGAUUUUAUUAUUCAGAUUGUGAAGAGUCAAUCAGUUCGUACCUUUGUUAUAAGAUAAUUG